AUGAUGAAUUUGAGUUGGAGUUGUUCAUCACUUGCAAACCGACAACAACAAUUCAGAAGAUUCAAGAUAACAACUCAUCGUGUUUUUGCUGUUUCAUUUCUCUUCUUUACCUCCUUCCUUCUCUUCUCUCCCCAAAUUCCUCGCUCUCUCAAGUACCACCAAUUCGCUGACUUGCGCAAUCUUCUCGGAGUCCCCAAUACGUUGAAUGUGAUCUCAAAUUUCCCAUUUUUAGUUGUGGGUGUUCUUGGCUUAGUUCUCACUCUUGAAGGAGGUUUUUUUACCUUAAGUUCUCAAGCAGAGACAUGGGCUUGGAUACUAUUCUAUGCUGGAAUUACAGGGAUGGCUUUUGGGUCUGUUUACUACCAUUUGAAGCCUGAUAACAAUAGGGUCUUGUGGGACACUUUGCCGAUGAUGGUGGCAUAUUCCUCACUUUUCUCUAGUUUGGUUGUUGAGAGAAUUGGCCAGCGGAUUGGGUUGUGUUGUAUGUGUGCCCUCCUUGUUGCAGCCUUUACCUGCGUAGUUUAUGAACGAGUUUACGGGGAUAUUCGGCUCUGCUUGAUGUUCCAGUUAUUUCUUCCUUUAGCUAUUGCAGUAGUAGCAUUUUUGUAUCCCUCCAACUAUACUCACUCGGGAUAUUGGUUUUCAUCAAUAGGAAUUUAUCUGCUAGCAAAAUUUGAAGCUCUUUCGGACAAGAAACUCUACCGCGCAAAUAACUAUGUUAUCAGCGGGCACUCUUUGGAACACUUGUGCUUAGCGCUUAUACCGUUUUUACUUAGUGUGAUGCUCAUCUACAGAGAACGCAAGUUCAAAAGAUUAGGAGAUGUUAAAGAUCAGCUUUGA